CUAGCAUGGAUGACUUCAAGCUCACGAUUCCUAGCAAAGGUCUCUGGGUCAGCAGAGAGCCCUGCAGUGUCCCAACUAUCAUCACAAGGAAGCCCACCUUGACGGUUCUUAUCAGUUCUUCACCAUGGCUGCCUCUACUAUGGCUCUUUCCUCCCCAUCUUUUGCCGGCAAGGCUGUUCCGCUUGCUCCAACUGCCACCGAGACUGGUCGUAUCUCCAUGAGGAAGACUGUUACCAAGCCUGUUUCUUCUGGAAGCCCAUGGUACGGGCCUGACCGUGUCAAGUACUUGGGUCCAUUCUCCGGUGAGCCCCCAUCCUACUUGACUGGUGAGUUUCCUGGUGAUUAUGGCUGGGACACCGCCGGGCUCUCUGCUGACCCAGAGACCUUUGCUAGGAACCGUGAGCUUGAGGUCAUCCACGCCAGGUGGGCCAUGCUCGGAGCUCUGGGAUGUGUCUUCCCUGAGCUCUUGGCUCGCAACGGUGUCAAAUUCGGUGAGGCUGUAUGGUUCAAGGCCGGAUCCCAGAUCUUCAGUGAGGGUGGGCUUGACUACUUGGGCAACCCAAGCUUGAUCCAUGCACAAAGCAUCCUUGCCAUCUGGGCUUGCCAAGUGAUCUUGAUGGGAGCUGUUGAGGGUUUCCGUAUUGCUGGUGGGCCUCUUGGUGAGGUUACUGACCCACUCUACCCCGGUGGAAGCUUUGACCCAUUGGGCUUGGCUGAUGACCCCGAGGCCUUUGCUGAGUUGAAGGUGAAGGAGAUCAAAAAUGGUAGGUUGGCUAUGUUCUCCAUGUUUGGAUUCUUUGUUCAGGCUAUUGUUACCGGAAAGGGCCCAUUGGAGAACCUUGCAGACCACCUUGCUGACCCAGUCAACAACAAUGCUUGGGCCUAUGCCACAAACUUCGUCCCUGGAAAGUGAGCUUUGAUUAGGGAGAAAAAUGAUGGGCGUUAUUCCCUUCUUACAUUUGGAUCUGAGAGUGGUGAUGUAAAUUUGUUGAGAGCUAGUGAAAGAAUGACUUGGAAUUUUGUGUAAUGAUGUUCAAUCCAUAAAAUUGUUUGAUUU